UUUGGAGCCGAGACGUUUUCACUCACGGACGCACGUGAAUUUUCACACCGGUGCUCCAUGUGCUUGCGCGGGCGACUAUUUGGGGAGUUAAACUGCGCCUCGGUGUUUCCGUCACUUGUCCAAAAGCUUUCCUUCUCUCUACUCAGUCCAACACGCUGACAGAGAAACUGCAGGAUUUUGCUCUCCGCCGCCACAGUACUAAGUUUGUGAAAAGUUUUUUUUAGCCUGCACCAAGUGCACCACAAUGCUGGACGCCAGGAUCCGAACUGUUCUGCUCUUUGGAUGCGCGGUUUUCCUUAUUGUGACCUCUGCUGUCAACGCAAACGGUCGAGUUUUUGUGGUUGACCUUAGGAACUCGUCUGGUCUGCAGGGUUACAAAGAUGCGGAGCAGGGUUGUGCCUCACAACACGCCCGCUUGGCCUCAGCACAGGAACUCCACCAUGCCGCGGUCGACUGCUUCUUCUCCUCCUGCACCCGUGGGUGGCUUUAUGGGGGCACAAUAGGGACCACAGUAUGUAACGUUGUUGGUGGGGAGCUGAAAGUGGUGGAUGUGAGGACUGAGAAUGCUACAGAGGACAGCGAGCAUCUGCACGCCUUCUGUGUCAAAGAUAAAGGAGCGCCUUGCGGCAACCCCCCGUCCUUCCCUAAUACCCGCCUCCAGGGCCACACAGGGUUUGAGUUCGGUGAUGAGCUCUUGUACGCGUGCGCCCCGGGUCAUGUGAUGCUCAGCGGGCAGAAUGCCUUCAGCCUGCUGUGUGACAGUUGUGGAGAGUGGUACGGACUGGUGCACAUUUGUGUCAAAGAUGACACCCAACGUCACAUGGACUAUGAGGACAAGUUCAUAGAUUCCUUUAGAGAGACACAGCACAACAAUAAAGAUGACAGCCCAGAGGUAGCUCACGGCAAGUUAUAUGAGGAGAUGCCUGGAAGAGUAAACUCUGAGGCAAAAAGGAUUCAGGAGCAGCAAGAGGCAAGUCUUACUGCCAGAGUAGAAGGGGUACAUAAAGUACACCAGGAAGCGAAGGAAGUGGAAAGACUGAGGAUUUAUCUGAAUGAAGAAGAAGGUGAGCAGGAUAGAAAGAUGAAAGGAAGAGAACAAGAUGAGGACAUCACAGAUCAUUCCAAGUGGGAACAGGAGAGGAUGGACCUGGUCAGGACUGACGCAGCAGUAGUCACCGAUUCACCUGACUCUCUUAUUUCCCAGAAACACAUCUUCUGGCUCCCCUCUGAGACCUUCCAGGAGGAGGGACAUCCUGUUUCCACCAAUCCAGUCACACAAAGAGGCUCAGGCAGCCAAUCAAGAGAGAGUAAAGAACAUGACAGCCAAGAUCCUGAGCGAGACAGCUAUGAGACUCUUGACCAAGAUGAUCAUGACGACAGUCGACAUGAUGACAGGGACAGCCACCAUGAUAAUCAAGAUGACCGAGACAGUUAUGACAAUCAUCAAGAUGACGAUAACCAUGAUGAUAAUGUGAGACAUUACGUUCCGGUUCAACAUGGUGAUCUGGACAGACGUGGUCAGCAUGAGCAUCAUGAUGAUCAUUAUGACAUGGGUGAACAUGAAGAUGGCCGUGAUCAUGUAUGGUAUACUAGCCAAGGGGAAUAUGAUGAAAAAAGCUAUGAAGAUGAUGACCAUACAACAAACGAUGGUGGUGAUGAUGAUCAAGAACAUCCUGAUGGCUUUGAAAAACCUCAAGACCGUUACGAGCAUGAUGAUACUGUGGAAGAUUAUCUCAUAGGAGAUAAUGACCAUUACACUGAUCAUGAUCACUACAAGCAUGAUGACCACAACCAUGACCGCUUUGACAACCAUGAUGAUCAUGACAGCCAUGAAGAUGGUCUGUAUCAUGUGAUCUUUUCUAUGGCUGCAAAUGAACAUCACAAUGGCAGCCACAAGGGAGCAAGAGGAAAGGAGGCAACCCCCACAGAUGACUCCUGGCUGGACGGCUAUGCUAUUGUUCCAGAUGACAGGGAGAAAGGCGGCUCCAUGGUGGAAGGAGUAAAAGGAGAUGAAGCAAAGAAAAAAACAGUGAUAUCAACGGAGAGACCCAAGGGGGUUCUUAGACCCAUUCCUUACACCAGCCGAACAAAGUUGCCUGAAUUUUCCACACCCAAGUCUGAGUUAGAACAAUGGGCCCUGGAGGAGGUGUGGCCUGGCUUCAUCCCCACUGCUGCUCCUUCUUCUGAUAGCUCAGACCCAGAUCCUUUGGACACCAUGGACUAUGAUACACAACAGGUAGCUCCGACACACUCCUGGCUGGUGGACCUCACCGAACACCCCUUCUUUAAUCAGGGCCCAGCCCCACCAGUGCAAACCAAUAACAUCAUCACUGGAAUUGGAUCAGUGGAGGAACAUAAUGAGCAUCACUCAACUGCUGAACGAGAUCAGAAGGACAAUGUGGUGGGAGAAAAGGGCGAGGCAAUCUGCACAGGUGAGAAUUGUCCUCCCCGCCCUCCAAGUUCUUCCAGGCAAGGCUCAAUGGCAGCGAUAAUAAUUGUGGUAGUAUCUGUGGUUGCUACAGCUGUCAUUGUCGGAGUGUGGUAUUACCAACGGCAACAACGGAAAAGCUCAAUGUACGAAAUGAAUGGCAAGGACCAAGGUCAGAACAGACAUGCCCAACAGAUAGAGAUGCACCAGAAAGUAUAAGAAUGAGAGGAGGAGACUAACAGAGAGCCAUUCACAACCCCAAAUCUGAAAAAGCUGGGAUGGUAUGAGUGAGUGGAAUCACAGUGAUUCUGCAUUUCAGGCCUUCAACACACUCCAAAAAAAGUUGGGACGCUAAAGUAUUUACCUCUUUGUAAUGUUGCCAUUCCUUCUCUCAACACUUAAAAGACAUUUUGUCAUUGAGGACACCAAGCAGUUAAAAGUGUCGGGUGUUAUUUUGUCCCAUUCUUCCUACAAACAUCUUAAUGUUUGAAACAGUGCGGGUUUUGUCGUUGUUGCAUUUUUCAUUUUAUAAUUAUCCAAACAUUCUCUAUUGGGGACUGAUCAGGACUGCAGGCAGGCCAGUCCAGUACCCGUACCCUCUACUUCCA